AGUCAGAAUCAAUAAUCUCGCGUGCCUCCAGCGUCAAACCGGCCGGGCCGAGGGCGCUUGGAAGCUGACCCGUCCCUGUUGCAGUACCCACGCGGCUAGACCUCAAGGGUCACAAGUUCCCGCAGUGUAUCUGGCCAGGCGGCGUGGAGAACCGGCCAGAACCGGAUCCAGAGACGAACGACCGCUUCUACGCUGAGCAUGUCCGGCUCAGGGCGGAGAACCGGCGGCGCUAUCAGACGGAGCGGGCGCAAUUUAUGGAGGACGCGCACGCGAAAUGGUUGGCCAACCGGGCCCGCGAGGACGAGCACUGGCAGGAGCCACCGUACCCGGAUUUCAGGCCCGUCGGGUAUCUCAAUACAUUUCUGUACGCGUGGCUCGACAAAGUCGGCACACAGGUGUGGCCGGACAGCAAGCCGCGCUAUGAAGGGGGUCUGGGCGAUGUGAGGAAGACGGUGGAUCUACGAGGCAAGACGUUGCAGGUGAUCGUGAAGCUGGCGAACAUCGUUUUGACCCCGGAGAAGCCUGAGUAUGGAGGGGGGACAUGGCACGUAGAGGGGAUGGACAACGAGGCGAUAGUGUCCACGUUCAUAUAUUACUACGACACGGAAAACAUCACAGAGUCGACUCUGUCCUUCCGCAACGCCGUCAACGAACCGCGGUAUCAUGGUCAAGGCGACACCUACUGCAUGCGCCGUCUCUACGACAUCGCCGCCAACGAAACCUGCGUGCAGAACGUCGGUCAAGUCACCACAAAGCAAGACCGGUGCAUCGCCUUCCCGAAUCUCUACCAGCACCUCGUCUCGCCAUUUUGCCUCGCAAACCCGACGCGACCGGGCCACCGCAAGAUUCUCGUCUUCUUCCUCGUCGACCCGAACGUCACCAUCCCGUCCGCGACGACCGUCGGUCCGCAACAGGAGGCCUGGAUCCGGCGCGCGGUGGAGAGCACAGAUCUGUGGUGGAAGCUACCGACGGACUUGCACAUGAUGAUAUGGGAUAGGCUGGAUCCGAUGACGGAGAAGCAGGCGAAGAGGUACCGCGAGGAACUCAUGGGGGAACGCACGCAGAACGUGAAGACGGUCGACAAACAGCGGUUCGGGCGAUGGUUCAACCUGUGUGAACAUUGAAGUCGGUCAGCUUGAUGGUGUGGGUAUCAAAUUGGCACGAAGGCAGGAGGCCAGAUACUCCAAGGGCGUCAUGAUUAUGGGACGACGCGUCUAGUUGUUAGUCGGUAGAGUUCAUGUCCACCUGAGCCCUCUUGAUGGUCAAUAUUUGACGACAAAGGACAUUGAUCGAGAUGCAUGAGUCAGACAUCCGUCUGCUGAGAGUUCGUUCCGCGACUCUCGAACUGGCACAUCCAUAUCAAGCUCUGCACAUGAACAAUCUCGUUCAUAAUCGGUAAACCAAAGACUUGGUAAACGCCGCAUGGAAUCUGACAGCAGUCGAGCCAAACACCAUGAGGGGCUCCGAGGAGAUUACCCACAAGCCCGACACCACGGGUACGACCACCGCCGCCACCACGCCCGCCACCCUCCCUGGGCCGCCCC